AUGAGCGAGACCGAGGAAGAAAGCUUCACAGAGCUCCCCCGCGGAGGCGGCAACGGGGGCAACGGGGGCGGCGGCGGCGGCGGCGGCGGCGGCAGAGGUGGCGCGAGAGGCAACAGAGCCGGCGGCGGCGGUGGCGGCGGCGGAGGCGGCGGCUGCGACUUCUGUUGCGACGGCGACCUCUACCGUGCAUCAUCGUGUCAGGGCUUCUCGUCGUUCGAGCCGUGCGCGCCCUUCAACGCGUGCCCGGCUGCGCGCGGUGUGUGCCCGCGGCGUCGCCGCUCGUCGUGCGCCCCGUCGCCGUGCUGUUCGCCGUCGCCGCCAUGCGCCGCCAUGCCGCGCUGCUACUCGCCGCCCUUGGCCUGCUGCCCCGGCGGCCGGCAGCUGAUGCUGGGCAAGCGCCUGCUGCGCGCCGCCGCCUGCGGCCAGACCAAGUGCGUACGGCGACUGCUGUGCGAGGGCGCUGAGGUCAACUUCGUGGGCGUCGGCGGCACAACGCCCCUGCACAGAGCUUCUGCGGAGUCUCACCCAUGCGUGGUAACGCUGCUGCUGAACAGUGGUGCCAACCCCAACGAGCGAACAUGCUCUGGCCUUACCGCUCUGCACCUCGCCGCGGGCAACGACUUCUGUGGCCGGUGCGUCUUUCUGCGCUCUAGGGCCUCCCCGCCUGCCGUCUGCACCUAUGCAAUGCUGAAAUCAACAACUUGGCCUUCACUUAUGUAUGAUUGCCCGAUCUGUGAAGGAACUGUUAAACAUACUAGCAGCUCAAAACAUUUUUUCAGAAAAUCAAUAAAUUCCUAG